GUUCUUUCCAUAUGUCGUCUUCGCAAGCCUCUGCUUCUACCAUCUGCCAUCUGCCAUACGAAAUUUCUGUAAUAUAUUCGUUCUUUCUAGUAGUAUCAGAAAGAAGAGCACUCUGAAGCUAAAACAACAACAUGUUGCCCUCUUCGUCCACCUCCUUCACUUCGGCAAGUCGCGACGCGUUUGCGCCAGCUGCGGGCGUACCACCAUUAAGGGUUUCCGAAUUACAUCCCUCACUGCCAUCAUUCACUACCAUCAUUCAAGGGGAAAACUAUAGGUCAAGGAUGUUCUGAAGAAUGCAACUCGGCAACCUAUUCCACUUGAAAUAUCCGCAGAAGGCGAGGACGUGGUGUUAGAGGUUGCCGAAUUGCAUUCUUCAGAACAUCCUUGACCUAUUAUUUUCCCCUUGCCAAGGAUGGUAGAAGUGAGUGCCUCUCUUUUUCUUCAAGAUGUUUCUGAAGAAUGCAAGAAAAAGAAUUCGGCAACCUCUGUCUAAUUUCACGUCCUCGCCUUCUGCGGAUAUUUCAAGUGGAAUACCGCUUCCUGAACGUCGCGAUUCAUAUUCUGCUUAUUCUCUUCGUUGGCCUUGCGUCUGCGUAUACGCUGCGGACGUGUUUGGGGUCGUUCUACUUGUUCUACGAGGAUAAUUUAUUUUAAGGGUACAUCAAGAAAUCUCCCAUUUUCAGAGGCAUCUUGGUUCCGUUUUUAAAGGGACGAAAAGGAGACCCAAGAUGCUGCUCACGAUGGACUUCCAUGAGUUCUAAUUAUUGCUGGAACAACCCGAGGCGGAAGCUGCGAAGCAUAAGGCAACACUAUUGAUGCUCUUUAUGCCGACUAUGGUUUUUUUCGGCUACUGGAAUUGGCUCUCCAAAGAGUUUGUGAGGUAUGCUCCUUGAAGAAGAUGACUAGUGAUCGAAAUCGGGACGCGAAAAUUCGACCUACAAGAAGAAACCGAAGAUGAGUACGAGGUGUAGGAGGAUCUUCG